UCACCUGUGAGGGAGGCGGAAUAAUAUAUUUGUAUUAGUUUCUAUUGGUCGCCGUAGACUUUGCGCGCAGCCGCGUAGCGCCCGCCUGUAAUGAGUCAGUCCUGUGCUGCUGCGAGGGGACAAACUUUCUGCAAGUGUUAGUUUGCUUGGCUUGGAAAACUAGUUUACAAUUCUGGCAGUGGUCACUGCAUUCUGCUGUACUAUAAACGAGGAAGGACAAAAUGUUAAAUACUGUUACUGAACGCUACGAAGCGUUUUUUAAGCAGAAGAAUGUAGUAACGGAUUUUCUAGCGGUUUUAGAGGAAAAAACUGGAGUUCAGAAACAGUACAUUGCAACAGGUGCAGUAUCUAUUGUGGCAGUCUAUCUGUUAUUUGGAUAUGGUGCCUCCCUUCUCUGCAACUUGAUUGGUUUUGCAUACCCAGCGUAUGCCUCCAUCAAAGCCAUUGAGAGUAACAAUAAAGAAGAUGACACCAAAUGGCUAAUCUACUGGGUGGUUUAUGGACUCUUCAGUGUGGCUGAAUUUUUCUCUGAUAUCUUCCUCUUUUGGUUUCCCUUUUACUAUGCUGGGAAGUGCCUGUUUCUGCUGUGGUGCAUGGCUCCGGUCUCCUGGAAUGGCUCUCAGGUCAUAUACACACGUGUGGUGAGACCUUUCUUCCUCAAACAUGAAGCAGCAUUCGACAAUGUUGUCAGUGACUUGAGUGGAAAGGCCAAGAGUGCAGCAGAGAGUGUGGCAAAGGAAGGCUUCACAUUGUUGAACAGUGAUAAGAAUAAAUGAUUCGAAGGUGGUGAUAUGAAGAAUAAUUUUACCAGGAGCCUUGUGUUUACAUUUGCCUUUUUAUUUUUGACUACCAUAUUGUUUGUCA